UACUUUACGUAGACCUCAAAAAAGGGGCGACCCGCUGUAAUGGUGGAAUAGACGAGUUUGCAGUUGUAAACGGAGCUUCCAUCUUUUUGACUCUUCAAGUCUUUCAUGGUCUCUAUCUCUAUAGUUAGGUUUUCAUUUUCGAAACAGUUUGAAUAUCAUUCAACCGGCCUGCAAUUUCCUUUUCCGCUGUUCGGAUUUUGACACAUACUUGUAUAAUUAUACGAAUCGGAGUAGAUAUUAUAUAUACACACACACAGAAGCACACGCAGUCUCGGUCUGUGCGCGUUUAGAGAAGAAGAUGAAGACGCCUUUGAAGACACUGCGAGGAUUUGCUGCCACUAGGCACGAGAGAAAAGAACGUAGGAUUCGAUCGUUGACUCAAGCAGAUGAAUUAGCUCAAGCUACACAGGAUAUGGUAGACAUGAGAGACUGCUAUGAUGGAUUGCUUUCUGCUGCUGCUGCAACGGCAAACAGUGCAUAUGAAUUUUCAGAGUCUCUACAAGAAAUGGGUGAAUGUAUUCUUGAAAAGACAUCAUUGAGUGAUGACGAAGAAACUGGUAAAGUAUUGCUGAUGCUGGGCAAAGUGCAGUUUCAGUUCCACAAACUUUUAGAUAGUUAUCGCUCACAUAUUAACCAGACAAUCACAGUCCCUUCAGAGUCCCUCCUCAAUGAACUAAACGUUGUUGAGGACAUGAAGAGACAGUGUGAUGAAAAAAGAGAAUCAUAUGAUCAAUUGAUCAAAAAGUAUACAGAGAAGGGAAAUCUAAGAGGAGCCAAAGGGGAGUGUUUUUCUUCUCACCAACUGCAAGCGGCUUAUGAUGAAUAUGAUGAGGGAGCAAAUGUCUUUGUAUUGCGCAUGAAGUCCCUCCGACAAGGACAAUCCCGCAGUCUUCUAACUCAAGCUGCUAGGCACCAUGCAGCUCAGAUUUCCUUCUUCAGGAAGGCUCUCAAAUAUCUUGAGGAGAUUGAGCCACAUGUCAAAUUGGUCACUGAACAGCAAUAUAUUGAUUACCACUUUAGUGGGCUUGAAGAUGAUGAUGAGGAUGACGCUGUAAAUGAUGGUGACCAUGAUUCUAAAGAUGACUCUGAAUCACAUGAUGGUGAAUUAAGUUUUGACCUUGGUCAGAAUGAACUGGAAUAUGUAUCAGCCAACUCAAUGGAGUUGGAUAACACGGAUGUCACAUUCCCUCAAGUUGCUAAACCUGAUUUAGCAAAGGAGAAUUUAGAAAGAAAUAUUGGUGGGACCCCUUUUGCCUUCCGCAGAGAGACUCGUGUAAGCAGCAAAUCUGCACCACUCCAUGCUGAAUUGAAACAUGAUCCAACUGAACGGGCUAUACCAAUUAGUUCUUCACCCUCAUACAAGAUUCAUUCUUACGUGUUGCCGACACCAGACAAAUCAGAGACUUCAGUUCCAGUGAAAUCAAAUCUUGAAGCUCCACAAACAAGGCAACCAAACCUGAGAAGUAAAGCCAACUUGUGGCAUUCGUCUCCUUUGGAUAAGAACAAGUAUGAAAAACCUGGGCCAGCUGAGAAGUUAUCUGGGCCUAUGAUCUUUAGUGCACAACCAAUUCUCAGACAGGGUGACAAUAAUCCAAAACCCAGCAGAUUGUCUCCUCCAUUGUCAGGACGCUCAUCACCACAGCUUGAUCCAUCUGCACACUCAUCACCACAGCUUGAUCCAUCUGCAGCAUCUGAUGCUAAAAAGGCCAAAAGGCAAGCCUUUUCUGGUCCAUUGAUUGGAAAGCCAGGGCCGAACAAUCCCCAUUUUUCUGCCAGUGGUUCAGUGGCCUUUCAAGGGUUCCCUCAAUUUUCUGGGCCUCUCUUGCGUACUCCUUUAUCCCAAUCUUCAUCAACUCCAAAACUGGGCUCACAUGCUUCUCCUUCUUCCAUUUCAACACCUAAAAUUAGUGAGCUACAUGAAUUGCCUAGGCCUCCAGCCCAUUUGCCCUCCACAAGACCCUUACGUGGCAUUGUUCAUUCAGGACCUUUGGUGUCUAGGGGUCCAGGACCUUCUACAAAUAAAGCCGCAGUGUCUCCAGUUGCAUCUACACUUCCAAUGCCACCUCCAGUUCUCCCUCGUAGUUAUUCCAUACCAUCCAGUGGCCAAAUAGAAACAGCACAUGUAUCUAAGCCAUCAAAAGAUUUUGCUUCACCUCCUUUGACUCCAGAAGCCAUAUCGAAUUCUGUAGAGCCUCCACCCCCUGCUACCUGAUCUUUCAUAACAAAUGAAGGGGUGCAUUCUGUAAGAAAUGAUGCUCAUGUAGGGUCAAUUUUUCUCUGUGCUCGCUGGGUACAGGUGCAAUUGUGAAAAGCUGUAUAUACGUUGUGUUAACUAGUUAUAUCCAUUUUGUUUGUCUUCUCUCUUGCUUUUCAUAGCUGAAUUACUAGGUGUAAAGGCUUCAAAAUUAUACGCCAACAUUAGAAAAAUUUUGCUCUCUACUAUGAAUUUCAAUCACUAAUUUCAUUUGCUUAUGUCAUCUUCCUUCCCCUUUA